GGCGCACAGGCCUGCUUGCCUCCGCUUACACAAUGGCCUCUAAGAUUUGUACGUACUGCACGCCUCCGCUCGCACACCGCCGCUCGCCGAUCGUUUUCAUGACCGGCACAUACUCCUUUCUACCCAGUUACUCUACCCGAGGUCCGACACUGAGGAUAGUUUCUGUACAUUCUAACAAUCAUUGCUCUGGGAAAUCCGUCAUUACGUCUGAGACCGCCUCCGCCAUUGAUUUUCUAACAUUGUGCCACAGUCUCAAGACCACAAAAAGGAAGGGUUGGAUCAAUCAUGGGAUAAAGGGUCCUGAAUCAAUUGCUGACCAUAUGUACCGCAUGGCGUUGAUGGCUUUGAUUGCUGGUGACCUUCCUGGUGUGAAUAGAGAAAGAUGUAUCAAGAUUGCAAUUGUCCAUGAUAUUGCAGAAGCUAUUGUUGGAGAUAUAACACCAUCAUGUGGUGUGCCUAAAGAAGAAAAAAGAAGACGUGAACAAGCAGCAUUAACUGAAAUGUGCAAAAUUCUGGGUGGAGGAAUGAGAGCCGAGGAAAUCCAACAACUGUGGGAAGAAUAUGAAAAUAAUGCUUCUCUAGAGGCUAACCUUGUGAAAGAUUUUGACAAGGUUGAAUUGAUUCUGCAAGCACUGGAAUAUGAAAUGGAACAUGGAAAGGUGCUGGAUGAAUUUUUCCUUUCAACACAAGGAAAAUUUCAGACUGAGAUUGGAAAGAGUUGGGCGAAGGAGAUAAAUUCGAGGAGAAAAUCACUACUGGCUGACAAGACAAAACGUUCUAAUUGACAAAAUGGAUUAGUGUCGGAUAUCAUUAUCAUAUAGUAUCAAUCAAAAUUUCAUCAUCCGGAUAUACACCAUCUUAACCAAGGCUUGGGGACUUGGUGGUGGAAGGCAAGCAUUUUGUGGUCGGUAAUAUGUGCGUGUGUUAAGUUCAUCGGAGAAUUUUUACUUUGUUGUAGGAAUGCAAAGUGAUUUCAUUAGCAUGUUUGGGAAUA